AUGGGUGGAAGCGGAACCUCUGGCGUCUAUUACCGAGGCGAAGGUUGUCAGCUUUGUAUGGAAGAGCAUAAUAUGUCGCUCGGCGUACGACACCUCAACUCGUCGCCUGCCCAUCCGCAGUCUAACGAACAAGUUGAAGCCAUCAACAAGAUCAUCAACCGUGGUCUGAAGACGAGGCUGGAAUCUCUGAAAGGUCGGUGGGCAGAAGAGCUACCAGAGGUAUUGUGGUCUUACCGAACUACACCCCGCCGAUCUACUGGUGAGACGUCAUACGACGUAGCCUUCGGGUCGGAGGCUGUUGUCCCUGCGGAAGUUGGUAUGCCAACGCCCCRAGUUGAGAACUUCUACGAGCAGACCAACAGUGAAGCUUUACUCGUGAACCUUGACCUCCUCGAGGAGAAAAGAUCUCACUCCCAACUUCGGCUAGUAGAAUAUCAGAACCGUAUGGCUCGGUACUACAACGCCAGGGUAAAGGUCAGAACGUUCAAGCCUGGCAACCUUGUCCUCAAGAAGGUAAUGCAGUAUGUCGGAGCACUCGAAUUGUUACUACUACCGAGCUACGUCAAAUGGGGGCCGAGGAAGACUACGUGGUAUGACCUAUGCUAA